AUGUACGACCCCACGAUGGACAAUCAGACAUAUCAUACACAGCCGUAUGUGCCCUACGCAGAGGGCGACACUGGCGAUGCUCGCAGCAGACCUCCCGUCAUGCUUUACGAUCCGCCUCCCGCGACCCAGCCACCCCUUUUGACAAGUCAAGGGCACGCAUCGCCAGCACCGCAGCCAUCGCCUUACGAAACAGCUUCGGCAAGUAAAUCACAGCCUGCGAGAGGAUUCAUUCAAGGAAUCACGUCGAAAAAGAAGAUCAGCAAGAAGUGGCAGAAGAGACUGUACUGGAUCGUACCACUCUCUAUUGUGGCGCUUGCCUUGGUCAUCCUCUUCGAGGUAUAUAAAGAUUCUUUUGAGCGCUGGCUGAAGCCGGUGUCUGAUUGGCUCAAAGCACGAGAGUCAUGGAGUUGGACGAUUCCGACUGCUAUUUUAGUACUUCUGAGUUUCCCGCCGUUAUUCGGCCAUGAGAUUGUCCAAUUAAUUGUGGGGUUGGCCUAUCCAUUAGGCGUUGCAUUGGGCAUCGCUUGUGCUGGUGCUGUGCUUGGGGAAGCUGCUUGUUUUAUCGUUUUCAAGUAUCUCUUCACUGGGUGGGUAGAAAAGAAGAUUGCCCAGAAAGUGAACUGGGCAGCUACAGCACGUGUCACGCAAGAAGCCGGAUUUCGAGGCGUGUUAGUCAUCAGAUAUUCAAUUGUACCCCCACAUCUUGCAAAUCCUCUUUUUUCUUGCACGGGAAUGAAGUUCUGGAUCUACAUGGCAACCGUCAUCCUCUCUCUCCCCAAAUCCAUGGUGUUCGUUGCUCUUGGUUCUCCAUCCAGCAAGAACUCCAAGGCAGCUAAGUGGGGCAAAGUGGCUGCGAUUGCCGUCGUGGUGAUCAUUACUAUUUUUGCGAGCAUGUGGAUCAGAAAGAAGAUGGCUGUCGCUACGCAAACCAUCAUGGCCGAGCGCGGCAUUUCUGCUAACGGAAGCGAUGAAGAACUCGGGAUGCUGAACGAUGCCCCAGCGAGACCCGAUCAUGCGGGAGUUGAGAGCGGUGCGGGUUAUAAGGGUGCACCGUCGCAGACGCAUCAGAGUCAAGAUGUCGGCAUUGUAAGCUCGACGCCGUUGUCGUACUCGCACCCUACUGUCGGCUACCAACAGAGAUGA